AGGAACAUUAGUGUAACUGCUGCUGCUAUCAUCAGUACCAUCCUUGUAUUAUCGGAACUUCUCUUAAAGACCAAAGCUCUGUCUGUGCUUUGCACAUUCUUUAGCUUGUACUUACCACUUCCCUAGACCCUCCAAGUCUUUUAGAGGCACUUGGGGAAGAGUUUGCUCUCUCCCACCAACUGCUAGGAUGCGUUACUCAGUGCCAACCACCCCUGCCCACCGUAGUCGCUAUAAUCAGCGGCGUCUACACGCGGAACGCUGUGUCAGAUUUCCCAAUGAUGUCCUGUUUUUGGAUCACAUCCGACAGGGUGACCUGCGGCAGGUAGGGCGCUUCAUCCGGACUCGAAAAGUCACCCUGGACACCAUCUAUCCCUCAGGUCUGGCUGCCCUGCAUGAAGCAGUACUUUCUGGAAACCUGGACUGUGUGAAGUUGCUCGUCAAGUAUGGGGCUGACAUCCACCAGCGAGAUGAAACAGGAUGGACUGCAUUGCACAUGGCCUGCAGUGAUGGCUACCCAGACAUUGCCAGAUACCUCAUCUCCCUGGGGGCUGACAUAGACGUCGCCAAUGACGACGGUGACUUGCCCUCCGACCUCAUCGACCCCGACUACACGGAUCUGGUGGAGCUAUUCAAAGGGGCCACGAUGGACUGACUGACCAUCCAUCCUCUUGGGGCCCACAUCCCUAUGCAGAGCCCUCAUUGUUCCCCCUCCUCCCCACCUUCUCCUCUCCUCCUGGAGACCCUGAACUUGCUGCGGGGGGUUGGCGGGGAGGAGCUGGAGCUGGAGUUGUGAAGUGUGUUGGGAAGUUAAGCUAUUGAUUAAGCUCUUAAUGGGUGCCUCUUCCCCAAGUACCGCCCCUCCCAGGUCAGCCUGGCCGGAGGGCCCCCCGCACGCACGGAGGGGUGAACUCGAUUAUUCGGCUGCGGGUAACCCCACCCCAGCCCCCUGCCCCGGGCUUGGGCGUCCUGCCCGCGCGCCUCGGCCCUGGCGGGAGGGACCCCCGACGGGGAGGCCAAUGUCUUGGAGGUUCCGGGCUCCACAGUGGUUGGGAGUGGGGUGGGUGUGGGCAUGGGGGCUGUGCUCGCAGAUUCCUGCUCCGCCCGGACCUGGGGAAGAGGGCUGUGGAUUCCCCUCGGCCCCUCCCCGCCCCGGGUCCCGCUUUUCUCUGCUGCCCGGCCGGGAGCUUGGCUUUUGUAAAGGACAUUUUCGUGUUUUGGUUUUUUUUAAUCGUUGAACACUUUUUACUUUUUCAAUAAAUGUGAU